AUGGGUGUUAUAACGUUAAAUGUGGUGUGGUCAGCUAGAGGCGAUGAUCAGCAUAAUGUGAAGAAAACAAUGCAGUUCGAGCCCUCGACCCUCGUUUUCGAUGCGUGUAAAAUCAUUCGUGAGAAAAUUGCUGGAAAUAAUAUCAAUGCCAAGGAUUAUGGCCUAUUUCGUCUGGAAGAAGAUCCAACAAAAUGCGUUUGGAUGGAAAACGGACGUACGCUGGAAUAUUAUCUUGUUAGAAAUGGGGAUACAGUCGAGUACAAAAAAAAGAUUCGAGCGUUGAAAGUUCGAAUGCUGGACGAUGCAGUGAAGACGGUAAUGGUUGACGAGAGUCAACCGGUUGGCGAAAUUAUGUUGGUGGUUUGCUCAAAAAUCGGUAUCAGCAAUCACGAAGAGUACUCAAUGGUUCGACAACCGUUGGAACAGGAUUGGAAGUCAACACAGACGUUAAGGGACGAGAAACGAGGAAAGAGCGAAGAAAGGGGUGUUGGAUUUGGCACGUUGAGCCGAAAUAAGGAGAAGAAAAUGGAACAACUUCGAGCUAAAUUGCACACUGAUGAAAAGUUACUGUGGCUCGAUCAUGGAAAAACACUUCGUGAACAAUCGGUAGGUGAUGAUGAGACUCUGAUUCUGCGGCGGAAAUAUUUUUUCUCGGAUACGAACGUGGACUGUCGUGAUCCAGUGCAGUUAAAUCUGCUUUAUGAACAGUGCAAAAGAGGCGUUCUCGACGGGAAUCAUCCAGUUACGCGUGAUAUGGCAUGCGAUCUGGCUGCUCUUCAGUGUCAAAUCCAAUAUGGUGAUUUGCAAGAAAGUCGACAGAAAAGCUCAAGCUUCCUCGACAUUCGUGAGCUACUACCGAAAGAGUAUUCAAAAUCACGUGAGAAUGAAAAGCGAAUAUUAGAAUCGUAUCGUGAGUUGGUGGGUAAAAGUGAAUUGGAUGCGAAAAGUAAGUACGUGCAUUUGUGUCGGUCACUGAUCACUUAUGGCGUAACGUUCUUCGUCGUAAAAGAGAAAGUGAAAGGUAAAAAUAAACUGGUACCGAGAUUGCUGGGUGUCAAUAAGGAGUGUGUUAUGCGUGUUGAUGAACGAACCAAAGAAGUGCUCCAAGAAUGGCCACUCGAACAAGUCAGGCGAUGGGCUGCUUCACCUAAAACAUUCACUUUGGAUUUCGGUGAUUAUCAAGAUGGAUAUUACGCGGUACAGACGGCUGAUGGUGAGAAAAUCGCGCAGUUAAUCGCUGGCUAUAUUGACAUAAUUCUGAAAAAGAAGCGAACUCGUGAUCAUAUUGGUAUUGAGGGCGAUGAAGGCUCAACAAUGCUCGAGGAUGUAGUUGCACCAGCACGUGCAACGCUUGUUGCUCAUGGACAAAUUGGAGAAGGUUUCGCGAUGGAGGGAAGCGUUGCUAUUCCAGGUGUUCUUAGAACAGGUCCUGCUUUAGCGAGUGGGCAACGUGGUCAAAUGAACGGCGCUCAAUUUGGUGCUGUCAGUGGACAAAUCCAACAACAGCAAGUUGCAAGGGGACAGCGUGCUCGGGUGAUUGAUUCUCAAGAAAGAGCACAGCGUGCACUUGUUGGAACAAUUGAAGCAUCAAUGCGUGCUGUUGAGAAGGCUGAAGAGGAAAUGGAAAAACCUGUGCAAAUCGAAUUGCCACGAUUCAGCGAUGAUCCUACCUCAAGGAAAUGGGUUGAAACCAAAGUUGAGGUUGAGAAGCAGAAGGUUGGUGAUCAAUUAGCACAAAUGGGUGCAGCAACAGCACAAGUCGUGCAAUUGACAGCAGUGCCGGAUGAGAUCGAUUCACGUGUUGGUACAGCGAUUGCAACUAUUGGAUCGAAUCUGCCUGAGAUGGGUCGUGGAGUCCGAGAACUUGCAGCACUUAUGCCUGAUGAGCAUCGUGCUGGUAAUCUAGUAGAUGCGGCUCGGAAAUUAUGCGGAGCUUUCUCAGAUUUCUUGACGACAGUGAAUCCAGAGCAUGAAGAGAAACGAACAACGGUGCUUGCGGCUGCUGGACGAGUUGGUGACUUCUCACAAGCCGUUAUCAAUACUCUUGAAGAACCAACCCAAGAGACACGUACCUUCCACGAUCAUCUCGUAAAACGUGCCAAAAAUGUUGCCACAUCAACCGCUCAGCUCGUUCUCAGUGCAAAGACGAUAUCAGCAGAGUGUGAAGAGCCAGCGUUGCAAGACAAAGUGAUACAUAGUGCAACACAAUGCGCAUUCGCAACAUCUCAAUUGGUGGCAUGUGCACGAGUUGUCGCUCCAACAAUAGAAUCACCAGCAUGUCAGGAACAGCUUACUGGUGCUGCAAAACAAGUUGCGAAAGCUGUUGAAGAACUGCUCAUCGAUGCGCAAUCAGCUUGUUCGAAGAGUACGGCUGAUGGACAACGUUCAUUGGGUGAUAUUCAUGAGGCUGCUAGACAAGUCACAUCUGCGUUAGAUGAUCUUCUGCUACAUGUGAAGACGUCACCGAAACUUUUGAAGCAAACACAAGAGAACUAUGAAUACGAGCAAAUUUUGAAUCAAUCAAGGAAGAUUAUCACUUAUCAGGGUCCAACUGAGGAUAUGGUUCGGCAAGGUGAGAACGCAAUUCGACAUAGUCGAAUUUUGGUGGAACAAAUGGAAGCAGAAGCGGAUCGUGAACCUGAACGACGUGAUCGUUUGUUGGAUGCAGCUCGGUCCGUUGCGCAAGCAACCAGCAGGAUGAUUGAUGCAACCAAAGAAUGUCAGAGCCAUCCACAAGCGGCCGAGUCACAGGUUGCACUGCGAUCUGCAGCCGAAAAGCUGGUCACUGUAACGAGCGAAGCAACCAGUGAGGAACAGUCUGUACGUACAAUGGAACAUCUUGAACAGGCAGCAAAACAAGCAGCAGCGGCUGCAACCCAAACGAUAGCUGCAGCAAAUGCUUGUCAGCAGCAUAUUCAAUCAACGACCGUCACGGAGACUCUUGUGGUGGAAUGCACUGAAACUGCAGAGCAUGUUCCACGACUAAUUGCGUCGAUUCGAGAAAGCCAAUCGGCACAUUCACCUGGUGAUAAAUUCCGUGCACAAAGUAAUCUGAUUCGCGAUACCCAGCAGGUGUUGAGACCGGCAACUCGUCUGGUUGAAGUGGCACGUCAAACGGUAUCAUCGGUAGGUGAACAACACGUAGCAAAUCAUUUACAGUCCACCAGUCAACAGCUGUCCACUCAGUUGGCUGAACUCCGCGUUGCACUCAACAAUGCUCAACAACUUAAUUUUGAUAUGCAACUGCAACAUUCCGAAGAUUUGAUCAAUGAACUUGACAAUGAAUUGAUACAAAUUUCACAUGCCGCCCAAAAUGGACAGCUUAUUACGGUUCCAGGUGAAUCUGCUGAAACUGCCACAUCUAAGCUAAUGGCUUCAGCAAGACAGGUUGGAUCGACGCUGACGCAGAUGGUCAGUGCGGCAGCCAGUGGUGAUCGUCAACAUGCUGGCGCGAGUGCAGUUGAAGUGGCUCAGUCGUUACGGUCAUUCACUUCAACUGUUCAUGGUGUUUGUGCGACCAGAAAUGAUACACCCAUUGAGAGAUUCAUCGUAUCCGCACGCUCAGUGGUGCAUGAUUCGGGUCGUGUGUUCGAUCGAGUGCGUGAGAAUGCAGCUGCUGAGCAACUCGCUGAAGCAACCAGGACAGUUUCUGUUUCGUUACGCCAGUGCCUUUCAUCGCUUCCCGACAGCCAACAUAUCGAAAAAGCAAUCAACCAAAUUCGCUCCUAUCGAGUUUCCGAAACAGCGGCUCCAGUCGAUUUGCGCAUAGCUGCAUCACGUCUAAUUGAAUCAUGUUCGCAGUUGGCUGUUAAGCUCGAGGCACAAGAGCAGUCGGCUGCAGUUGACGUAUUUGUACGUUCGUAUACUGAAUUCCACACGGGGGUUGCUCAAGCGAUUCAGCAACAGCCAGAUGCAUUACAACGCCAGCAGUGUAUUGCAUACUUGGAAGAAGUGCGAGAAGAAGCCAUUAAUAUUAUUGUGCGUACUCACAAUGCGUCGUUAGACUCUGCCAACGCCACUGCUCUACAAGCAUUAUCCCAAUCAACCCGGUCGUUGACUGAAUCUGUCAAUGCGAUCGUUGAAAGCGUCGUUCGAGAAGCACCGUGGCAACGUGAAUGUGAAGCAGCUCUUAGACAAAUACAGUCAGUACGAUACAUGCUGGAACGUGCAAAUUUACCAGUGAAUAGUGAAGGUUAUUAUGAAAGUCUUGACUCGGUAACAGAACAAGCGAAACGACUUGGUGAAGGUAUGACGGGUAUUGCAAGACACGCGAAAAGUCAGGAUACACAAUUGCUAUGUGAAAGUGUUCGUGCUGCGUCAAAUGCGGUUUGUGGGCUUGCUGAAGGUGCAACACAGAGCGCUUAUUUGGUUGGUGUAUCAGAUGCAAGAAGUCAACCAGGACGUGCGGCUAUUAUCGAUACAGCCAAAUGUGAUCGUUCUGUUCAGUUGGUAAAACAAAUUUGCGAACGUAUUCGACGUAGUGAAUAUACGCAACAACAAAUACUUGAUGUAGCCGAUUCGUUUGUAUGCAUACUGGUUCGUUCAUUGAAGGAUGCGACUGUGGUGGCCAAACAUACAUCGACGUUAGCGAAUCUAUGCCGUGAAGCAUCAGAACGCACUUCCAAUGUGAAUGUCAAGAAACAUGAACGCCACCAGCAAGAAUGCACUGAAGCAGCUCAUUCACUGCAUACGGCUGCCGAGCAACUGGAAACAUUCGUAGAUAAUCCAGACUUCGCAGCUGUUCCAGCGAAGAUAUCUGUUUCGGGAUCGGAUGCUCAAAGACCCAUCCUUCAUUCUGCUAAACACAUGCUUGAUGCAAGCUGUGAUAUGAUUGUUACUGCAAAACAGUUGGCUGCUUCCCCGACUGAUGCGCCUACAUGGCAACGACUCGCCGAUAAUUCGAAGGUCGUUAGUGAAAGCAUUAAACGACUCGUUGCAGCAAUACGUGAAAAGGCACCUGGCCAAGCUGAUUUGGAUAGUGCAAUAAUAAGUCUUCGUGAGAUGUUAACGCAGAUAGAUCGUGCCUCAAUUGAUGCGUAUCAAGAUCAGUUACCGCGAAGUAGCGUCACUGAACAGCGAGUCCACCAACAAAUAUUACACGCAUGUCAAUCACUUCAUGACAGAAUUGAACCACUUCGAGAUGCAGCAGUCGGCCAUUCAGAAGGUUUAGGUCAUAGCGUGCGAGAACAUAUGGCUGCAAUAGAGCCGUUAGUUCAGUCUUGUGUUCAAGCAGCUUCGAUUACCUACGAUACUAAGGCGCAGAGCACUUUCUUCGAGCAGUGCAAGACUGUUGUAGAGGCUGAACUUCAAAUGAUCUACGCUUGUAAAGAUGCUGGUGGCAAUCCGAAAGCUCGUGAUCUGCACGUGGUGGUUGACGAAAGUGCCACUCAGUUGCGUGAUGCAAUUGUUGAUAUGCAACGUAACGUGAAUCGUAUGGCAUCUGAAGCGGGUGUAAUUCACGGUGUUGUUGAGAACAUUUCAAGAUCAAUCGCACUCACUGACGAAAGCAGUUCGAGCGCUGCUGGUUCGUUCACGGAUGCGCAAACACGCAUGAUGAGUGCCUUAGAAGAAAUAUCGCGUAUUGCAACUGAUAUGCCGAUGACUGAAGUUGAGGCACUGGGUCCAUUAGCACUUCGAUUAUCGGAACGAUAUUCUGAUUUGGCCUCUGAAUCAAGACUUGCAAUUGCAACGUUGUCAUCUCCGAAUCUUGCCCAAAAACUUCGUGUUGCCGUACAGAAACUGGGCACCGCUUGUAUAGAGGUCGUUAAAAUUGCUGGACAACGUAGAGCGCAUCCUGAAGAUAAGCGUUUGCUAGACGAUCUUUCACGUGGGUCACGUACCGUUGUAGAACGAGUUCAAGAAGUAUUAGCUGCACUACAUGAAGGUUCUAAAGGUACUCAAGCAUGUAUCAAUGCUGCUAAUACCGUAUCCGGCAUCAUUGGCGAUCUUGACACAACGAUCAUGUUCGCUACUGCCGGUUCAUUGAAUCCACAGAAGGAGAGCGAGAAAUUUGGCGAUCAUCGAGAAGCGAUACUGAAAACAGCAAAAGCGUUGGUUGAGGAUACUAAAGCUCUUGUUGCUGGUGCAGCAUCAAAUCAGGAGCAGUUGGCGGUUGCAGCGCAGAAUGCUGUUCGAACGAUUGUGAAUCUAUCGGAUGCAGUUAAAAACGGAGCCGUUUCGCUGUCGUCGGACAACGCCGAGGCGCAAGUGAUGGUUAUUCAUGCUGUACGCGAUGUGGCUGCAGCGCUUUCGAAUCUAAUCCAGGCAACCAAGAAUGCAUCCGGACGUUCACUUCAUGAUCCUGCAAUGAGUCAUCUCAAAGAGGCUGCAAAGUUAAUGGUAACAAAUGUAACUUCAUUGCUGAAAACAGUAAAAACGGUAGAAGACGAACAUCAACGAGGUACACGAGCUCUCGAAGCAGCGAUCGAGGCUAUCGGUCAAGAGAUUCGUUUGUACGAUAGUGGUGAGGCUCCGUCCAGAGGUACAGCAACAGCAGAGGAUGUGAUUCGUUCAACCAAGCAACUAACAAUUGCAACAUCAAGGGCUGCGUCUGCAGCACAGACACUUCAGCAAAGUGACGUUAUCGCGGCAGCGAAUCUUGCUAGACAGUCGGUUUGCGAUCUGUUGGCAACAACACGCGCAGCUGCACAAUCUGCAGACUCAGUUGAGGCACGUUAUCACACAUUGGAUUGCGGUCGUGAAGUAGCCGUCCAAGUACGAUCUUUACUCAUAACUUUACAAACUCUUCUGGUGCGAUCUGACGAUCCUCUUGCUCGUAGUGCUCUUCUGGAUGCUUCGAGGAGAGUUGCGAAGGUAGUUGGUGAACUAGCCAACUGUGGAGAGUUACUGAAAGGAGAUUCGUGGUCAGAUCCGUCAGAUCCCACAGCUGUCGCAGAAAACGAACUCAUUGGAGCGGCCAACUCUAUUGAGGCAGCUGCUGUUAAACUUGCACAGCUGAGGCCAAGACACGUUCAUAAAGUCGAUGAAUCGUUGACAUUUGACGAACAAAUCCUUACGGCAGCCAAGUCGAUUGCAAGUGCUGUUCAGACACUUGUUAAAGCCGCAUCUGCUGCACAGCGCGAGUUAGUCGCUCAGGGAAGACUAGAAGCACAUCCAGCGUUUGCUACUGAUGAUUACCAGUGGUCAGAAGGACUCAUAUCAGCAGCGCGCCUGGUGGCCGCUGCAGUACAUCAACUUUGCGAAGCAGCUAAUGCUUUAGUUCAAGGACACUCUUCUGAAGAGAAACUCAUUUCUGCGGCCAAACAGGUGGCAUCCUCAACAGCACAUCUUCUGGUUGCAUGUAAAGUAAAAUCAGAUUUGGACAGUCGUGCAAUGCAACGAUUGCAGUCAGCUGGACACGCCGUGAAAACAGCUACUGAACAUCUCGUGCAAGCUGCACGAUCAGCAAUUCAUGAAGAUGAACGAACCUUGGUUAUAUCCCAACGAAUGGUGUCUGGUAUUGCUCAGGUUAUGGAUGCACAAGAACAAGUGCUUCGAAAAGAACGUGAAUUGACUGAGGCAAGAGGUAAAUUGGCUGCACUUCAUAAAGCCAGAUAUGAACGUGGCUUAUCUCCAUCGAACGAAUCACCGCAACUUUAA